AUUCAGCCGAAACGUCAAGUCUAGAAAUCCGUCUUCCUACAUAUCCCUUUCCCUGCCUUCUCGCUCAUCCAUAGCCAAGAUGCCUCUCGACCUCGCCAUCGUCCGCGCGUCCUUCCCUGCCCUCACAGGCUCUGCUACCUCCAAAGACUUCAUCUAUGCCGACAACGCUGGCGGCUCACAGACCCUCGCUCCAGUCAUCUCACGCAUCACCGAUUACCUCUCCAAUACGAACUGUCAGCUCGGUGCAGAUUACUCGGUCAGUCAAACGAGCACCCGCCGGGUUGAUGCCGCUGCGGAGGCCGCCGCAGUUCUCUUCGGCGCUGAAGGCGGUAGGGAUGAGAUCGCGUUUGGGUCAAGCACGACAAUGAUGGUAGAGAACCUCGCAAGGGCGCUGGAGGCGGAUGUGAAGGAGGGAGACGAGAUCGUGAUCACUGGCGAGCACGAGGCCAACGUUGGCCCAUGGAAGCGCGUUGCAGCUCGCCGAGGCGCCAUCCUCAAGGUGUGGAAGCCCUCUCAACUCCCCAACUUCGCCUCGGGCACAAACGCCAACCCCUACGCAAUCACCUACUCCCUCGACACUCUCCUCGCCCUCAUCACUCCACGUACACGCCUCCUCGCGCUCUCCGCUUGCUCGAACCUUCUCGGAUCCGCAAUCCCCCUUUCCGCCAUCAUCCCCACCGUGCGCACCCGUGCCCAACAGCUCGGUGCACCAAAGGUCGAGAUAUGCAUCGACUGCGUCGCGUACGCGCCACACCGGCUCAUGGACGUAAAAGCAUGGGACGUCGACUACGCCGUCUUCUCGUUCUACAAAGUCUACGCGGUACACAACGCAGCUCUGUACAUCCGCAAAAAGGCGCUCAGGGACUCUCUCUCGUCGCUCGCGCACGGGUUCCUCACCGUGAAUGUCGCCGAGAAGCCGUACAAGCUGCAGCCUGGCGGCCCGGGGUACGAGUCCGUCUGGGCGGCGGGUGCGGUUGUGCCGUACCUGCGCUCGCUGGCACGCGCAGGUCAUGCGGUGGCAGCAGCAGAUGCUGCGGAGCAUUCAGACGAGCCGGAGGUGGUGCGCUCGACAGCUGCAGUGGCGAGAGAGGAGCUCAGGAUCGCGUUCGAGAAUAUCGCGGAGCACGAGCAGGCUCUCCUCGACGUUCUUCUUGGGUUCCUUACGGCGGAUGAGCAGUACAGGCGCGGCGUGCGUAUCGUCGGCGAUCCUCGCGCCGACACGAGCCCAAGUGUCGGUCGCGUGCCGACUGUGAGCUUUGUUGUGGUGGCCGAGGGCGGGGCAAAGGCGAUAAAGAGCAAAGACGUCGUUGCGGUGUUUGAUAAGACGAACGAGAUCGGGAUCCGAUACGGCCACUUUUACGCGCACGACCUCGUUGCGGGCCUUCAGCCGCCUAUCGACACAGACGAUGCGGUCGUGCGCAUCUCGCUCGUACACUACAACACCGUCGAAGAGGUCCAGAAGAUAGUCGAGGUGCUCAAGACGGCGUUGUAUGGUUAAAGCCCAGUGUGCGAUGAUCGAGAAAAGAAGUACAUGAAGUUGUCCAAUAUAAGUGACUUAUGAUUGUAUAUUAGAAGAAUGUACGAGAGUGACCUAGACCGCAAG